CCCCCGCCCCCCCGGCGCCUGGACGAUGCUCAAGUCUCGGCUCCGCAUGUUCCUGAACGAGCUGAAGCUGCUGGUGCUGACGGGCGGGGGGCGGCCCCGGGCCGAGCCGCAGCCCCGGGGGGGUGGGGGGGAAGGCUGCGGCUGGGCGCCCUUCGCCGGCUGCUCGAGCCGGGACGGCGACGGCGACGAGGAGGAGUACUACGGGUCGGAGCCGCGCGCCCGGGGCCUGGCCGGCGACAAGGAGCCGCGGGCCGGACCCCCGCCGCCGCCCGCGCCGCCGCCGCCGCCCCCGGGCGCGCUGGACGCCCUGUCGCUCAGCAGCAGCCUGGACAGCGGCCUCCGAACCCCCCAGUGCCGAAUCUGCUUCCAGGGCCCGGAGCAGGGGGAGCUCCUGAGUCCCUGCCGCUGCGACGGCUCCGUGCGCUGCACACACCAACCCUGCCUCAUCCGCUGGAUCAGUGAGAGGGGCUCCUGGAGCUGUGAGCUUUGCUACUUCAAGUACCAGGUCCUGGCCAUCAGCACCAAGAACCCCCUGCAGUGGCAGGCCAUUUCCCUGACGGUGAUCGAGAAGGUCCAGAUUGCUGCCAUAGUUCUGGGCUCUCUUUUCCUCGUCGCCAGCAUCUCCUGGCUCAUCUGGUCCUCACUCAGCCCUUCAGCCAAGUGGCAGCGGCAGGAUCUGCUCUUUCAGAUCUGCUACGGCAUGUACGGCUUCAUGGAUGUUGUCUGCAUAGGCCUCAUCGUCCACGAAGGCUCUUCUGUCUAUCGCAUCUUCAAGCGCUGGCAAGCAGUGAACCAGCAGUGGAAGGUCCUAAAUUAUGACAAGACCAAGGACAUAGGAGGAGAUGCAGGGGGAGGGACAGCAGGGAAGCCAAGCCCCAGGACCUCACGGACAGGCCCCCCCUCUGGGGCAACCAGCCGUCCCCCGGCAGCCCAGCGCAUGCGGACGCUCUUGCCUCAGCGCUGUGGUUACACCAUCCUGCACCUCCUCGGACAACUGCGGCCACCAGAUGCCCGGUCCAGUUCCCAUUCGGGCCGAGAGGUUGUCAUGAGGGUGACCACGGUCUGAACUGGACUCCAGGAGCAGAAAUUGAGCGUCAGUGCGUUGGCCAGAGAUGACGAGGCGUCAGGGCUGCUGGACGUGCUACCGGGACGUACUGCUUCCACCACCGAGGGUCUCUGCGGACAGCCUCGUGCUGGAGACAUUGUGUGGCCGUGGCAGCCUGCCAGGCAGACACCUGGAUGCCACUCCGGCCCCCACUGACAGCUCCUCACACUCAUCCCGGGGCAGCCAGUGUGCAGGCGGGGAGAGCAGCUUUUCUUCCAUAGAGAACCGUUCUUACCUCAGCUCCUAGGGCCUCCAGCCUCCCAGCUCUACCACCUGACUUGGUGAAGGGGGACCAAUGCCAGAAGAAAGGGGCUGCAGACCCCCCCAUCCCCUACCCCAUGGCCACAGGGCAUCUGGCAAUAAGACUGAUAUACAUUGACCUCCCGUUCCCUGCAUGAGGGCGGGGGGCUUCCCCCUGCCCCUCCCCCCACCACAUGGGGGAGGGCAUAAAGAAUCAUUUAUAUGCA